CCCUAACCCUGGCUACUGUACCUAUGACGUCGUCUUCUAAGCUUUCUCUUGUUCAUGACGACAGACCUCUCACUCGGGGUAGUCAACAACCAGCUCAGUCGACAAAACCAGCAAAGCUCUUGCUCAACUGGACUUGCAGUUGAAAGUUUGGUCUCCCUAAAAAGUUACAAGAUAUACCAACAUGUCUCGCCGCCCAACGGAUCCCGUCCGGCCUCAUCCUCGACUGGGAUGGGGUACUGUUGUUGCAUAUGGCGCGGCCGCUGGACUGCUGGGUGUAGCAGCGUAAGUGAUGCCCCUUCAUCAAUCCCUUUUGAUCUUUCACACCGGCAGGCCGGGAUUGAUAUGGGAAUUUCUUGGACGCAGCAUGACAGCGGCGGAGAAGGUCGAGCAAAUAUUCACCGGCCGAGCAAAUUCCGAAGUGCCCGGAAAGACUCUAGCAAGGCUCAUCAACGCAAAGCCGCAGACUGAACAGGAACUCUGGGGCUUGAACAUGGCCAUGCACUAUGGCCAAGGCGCUGCCGCUGCAGUCAUCCGGGCCAUCGCAAGCCUCUGUGGUCUCCGUGGGCCCUUCACCGAUUUCAUGUUUGUCGGGUUGCGGUUGAUUAUCGACCAGACUCUGGAGAACUGGACUGGCGUCGGAGCUCCCCCUUGGACGUGGCCUGUGCGCGAGCAAGUGGUCGACUUGCUGCACAAGACUGUCUUCGCGUUUGUCACGGGUUAUCUGACGGAUCGUUGGAUACAGUGAAGACUGCGCCUUCGCU